GUUUAAACUCCGAAACGCUAGGUGGCGACAGCCCUGACGUCUGCUUGUCAUUUCUAACGUGAGUUCCUCCAAGUUCUCGCCUCCUCUGAGGUGUUCAAAAGAUUUAAGUGCAGCGAAAAACGGAACAUGAUCUCAGGUUCUCUUCAGGAAAAAUGGCAGCAGUUUCUGGGAUAAGGGCCCUUAUGAAGGUCCCUCAUUUGCUCAUUCUGCAGCAGAGCUUUAGGCUUACUCCGUUACAGCUGGCUUCAACCAGGCAUUGCAGUGGCAGUAAUGGACUUAAGCUGCCAUCAGACACGGAGAACAAAUCUCUGCUUGAGAACCUCAGUCUCUUGGGCGUGGACGUAAAGAUGGUGCGCCAGCGUCAGCCAGGGGUGCUUCGUAAAGCCUUCACCAAUGAGAUGGGCCUUGCUCAGUUCCUGCAAGAAAAAGGCGCCAGCCACAAAAUAAUCGCCAGCAUCGUAUCCCGUUAUCCUCGGGCCAUCACCCGUUCAGUGGAACACUUGGAGCAGCGCUGGCAGUUGUGGAGGAACGUCUUCAACACAGACGCUGAGAUUGUCAGCAUCCUGGGCCGCUCGCCCGAGUCUUUCUUCCGUUCCAGUGAUAAUGAGAACUUGGAGAAGAACAUAGCUUUUUUAAUCUCGUUGGGAUUAAACUCAAAAGAUCUUCAUCGCCUGCUGACCACAGCACCACGGACGUUCUCCAACAGCCUGGAGCUCAACAAGCAGAUGGUGGAGUUUCUUGAGGACAUCUGUCAUGAGCUGGGUGGAGAUGAUCCUGAACAGUUUGCUAAAAGUGUAAUAUCUAAAAACCUCUAUAUUCUCAUCAGAAGUACUAAAAGAGUCAAGGCCAACAUUGACAACAUGAAAACUUUUCUGAAGUUAAGUGAUGCCGAACUGCUUGCUCUUCUUCAGGGCCAUGGAGCAGAUAUUUUGGACCUCUCCAAUGAGUAUCUGAAGAAAAAUUUUAAGAACAUUGAGCAGAAGAUUAUUUUACUGGGCUGCAAGAAAGAUGACAUGAAAAAGCUAAUAAUAAACUACCCCAUGAUUCUCUACAUCGGGCCGUCCACUCUGAACUCCAAACUGGACUGCCUUCUAAAAGGAGGCAUAACAAUAAAGCAAAUCUUGGAGAAACCCAAAGUCCUUGACUACAGCACACAGAACAUUACAGAGCGACUGAAGGAGCUGCAGAGAGUUGGAUAUGACUUUGAGAAAAACGGGAUCAACAUCCUGGACUCUAGCUGGAAACGAUUUGCAGCAAAGAUAGAAAAACUUUCUGACCUUCCUGAGGAGUGAAUGCAGCAGAAUUUACUGUGAUAAAAGAUGUUUGUGGAUACUGCUCUCCCUCGAUGUACAGGUCACCCUCAUUUAUUUGCAUCCCUGGUGAAGAUGUGUAAAACAUCAUAAAAUAAAUGCAUUCUUUAUUGAAUUAGCAUAAUUUCAAAA